AUGGUGAAGCCAAAGCCAGAAACCAAGCCGCGUCCAGCACGAGAUGACUUUAUCAUGACACUUGACUCUGAAGAUGAAGGCAUGGAUCUUGAGCCUUCCUUGGAUCACGAAGAGCAGGAACAACAAGUGCCUAAGAGAAAAGUCAAGGCACGCAUCGGUGAGCGCGAGAAAAUCUUGGACGAUGGUCGCAAUCCGAAACAGCGCGAUCAAAACAGAGAUGAUGUUCUAGAAGUGGCAGAGAUGGACUUCGAGUUCGAGCCCAGUCAGAUGACAGAAAGUAUGCAAGGCUGGAACUUUUACAUGGAUGGUGCAUCUGGGAGACACAGCUCUGAGGCAUCAAAGUCAACCGUCGAUGAUCUGAUUGACCGCCAUCGUGCGGGUAUUGAGAUACCAAAUGAGCUUAAAGACGCAGAUGAGGAAGAAGUGGAAGAACAGGUGGGCGAACAGUCACUUGCACCCUUGAGUGAUAGUGAAGACGAGGAUGGUUUCGGCAGUGGUAUGCGUUCAGCGAAGCGUAAGGCCCUAGAUAACGAGGAGGAAAGUCAGGAUGAUGAAGAGAGUGCUAUGGAUCAUUUGGGAGAAGAAGAUGAAGAAGAGGAAGAAGAAGAGGAAGAAGCAGAGGAAGAUAUGCCUGACGACGCAUCGGAUGUGUCGGACGCAACUCGGGAGCGUCAAGAAGCCUACUUUGCUAAGGAAACGACUGAAACUCCUGUAGCGGCAUCCUUUGCUUCGCUCCAGCUAAAUCGUGCACUUCUUCGUGGCUUGGCUGCUCUCAACUUCUCCAAACCUACGCCGAUCCAAGCGCGCACUAUUCCGAUCGCAUUGGCUGGUAAAGACAUCGUGGCAGGAGCUGUGACUGGUAGUGGCAAGACUGCUGCGUUCUUAAUCCCGAUCUUAGAGCGUUUGUCGUAUCGCCAGCGUGGUACGGAUGAUGCCAAGUCGCGUGUCGUGGUUCUGUGUCCCACGCGUGAACUGGCCAUUCAGUGCCACAGUGUCGGCGUUGCCUUGGCCAAGUUUAUGAAUGUGCGCUUUUGUCUGUGUGUGGGUGGUCUUAGUCUUAAAGCUCAAGAAGCCGAGCUCAAGAUGCGUCCAGACAUUAUCAUUGCCACACCCGGUCGCCUGAUCGAUCAUGUGCGGAACAGCGCCUCGUUCGGUAUGGAAGAUGUGGAGAUUCUUGUGAUGGACGAAGCUGAUCGUAUGUUGGAAGAUGGUUUCGAGGAUGAAUUGAAUGAAAUCGUGCGCAUGUGUCCUACACAGCGUCAGACCAUGUUGUUCUCAGCUACAAUGACGGAAGAUGUGGACCAACUUGUUCGUUUGAGUCUUGAAAAACCCGUGCGAUUAUUUGUGGAUCCCAAGCGCUCUACUUCCUCCAAGCUGAUUCAAGAAUUUGUUCGUGUGCGCACCCAGGCUGGUCUUGCGGGCCGUGAGCGCCAGAAAGCAGAGGACGAACACCGCGCUGCUCUUCUUUUAACGCUAUGCAUGCGCACUUUCCGUGAUCAAGUGAUUAUAUUCCUGCGCAGUAAAAAGCUGGCACACCAACUCAAAAUUGUUUUCGGGCUGCUGGGUCUUUCUGCUGCUGAAUUGCACGGUGACCUCUCUCAGGAGCAGCGUCUUCAAUCCUUGUCGCAAUUCCGCGACGGAAAGGUGGAUUUCUUGCUGGCUACUGAUUUGGCUAGUCGUGGUAUCGAUAUUCGCGGCGUUCAAACUGUGAUCAACUAUGACAUGCCAGCUCAAAUUGAGCCCUACCUCCAUCGUGUGGGUCGUACCGCUCGUGCUGGGCGUCAAGGUCGCGCUGUUACAUUAGUGGGUGAAUCUGAUCGGCGUCUUCUCAAAACAGUGCUGAAGCGUACACCGCCCGAGCAGGUAAAGCACCGUCUUAUGCCCUCUGACAUGGUGCAGCAACUCUCGGAUACCAUCGAGUCCCUCAAGUCUGAAGUGGAGCAGAUUCUCUUGGAAGAAAAGGAGGAGAAGGCGAUUCGUCAGGCAGAGAUGGAAGUCCAAAAGAGUGAAAACAUGUUGACACACCAUAAUGAAAUUUAUUCCAGACCUGCACGUACAUGGUUCCAGAGUGAAAAGGCCAAGUCAGAAGCACAGAAUGCAUCGCGUGAGCAGCAAAAUACCAAAGUCGACGCGACAAAAGCGCGUGACCGCCUCGCUGGUCUCUCGCGUCGUAAGAAACGUAAUCGUCUUAUGCGCGAAGAAGACGCAAAGAGCAGCGCGAAGCAUGAAACGGAUGCUGCUGUACGAGCAGCCAAGCGCUCGCAGCGUCCUUCGGGCUUAGGUGAAGCGGUAUCUGCUAAGACGCAAAAGCAAAAGAAGAGUAACAAGAAGUUCAAGAUGACCAAAGCAUUGCGAUCUAGCGGCAAAGGUGGUGCAUUUGGCUCGGAUAUGAGCUCACGAAAGUAA